UAUCUAAUAAGAUCUAAUUCAGUACUUUCUUGAAGUUGGCAACAGCUCUGAUAUUAAUCUUCAUCCGUUUCGUCACUUCCGAAUAUUUAUUGUUUUCUUGUUAAAUAUUUUCACAUGCUGAAAUAAAGUUAAAUAAUUCUGAACAGAAUUACAGGUGAUCUUCGCUUCUAUGUCACGUUGUAUUAUAAAUCUAUAUGAUCCAAUAUUCCUAAUUAUUUUUAUUUUUUCGAGAUUAUUGAAUUCCCUAAUGAACAACAUCGCUAUCCUGAAAAGUAAAGUAUCAGAUAUAAGGGCACCAUCACCGCCACCUCAAGAAAAUGGGCAUAAUUCAAAUGGACAGCUAGAGUACAUUGAAUUUUCUGAUCCUGAAGAUGAUGAACACAGACUUCAGUGUCCAUAUGUAUUAUGGUUUUCUCAUCGACCUGGUGUUAAACAAAAUAAUGUACAACCAUACGAUCAGAACUUAAAAUUAGUUGGUGGUUUUAAUACAGUUGAAAGGUUCUGGGGUCUUUAUGGGCAUUUAAUUAGGCCAUCAGACAUGGCUGUUCAUAGUGAUUUUCACCUCUUCAAACAUGGAAUAAAACCAAUGUGGGAGGAUGAUGCAAAUAAAGAUGGAGGUAAGUGGAUAGUAAGGCUUAAAAAAGGUCUUGCAUCUCGUUGUUGGGAAGAUUUGAUCUUAGCAAUAUUAGGUGAACAGUUUUUGGUUGGUGAUGAAAUAUGUGGAGCUGUUGUUUCUAUUAGAUUUCAGGAGGAUAUUAUAUCUGUGUGGAACCGAAGUGCUCGUGACAAUCACACUAAUGGCAGAAUACGAGAUACUCUUAAGAGAGUUUUAAAUCUUCCUCCUAACACUGUUAUGGAAUAUAAAACACACAAUGACAGUUUGAGGGACAAAACAAGCUUCCGCAACACUGAUGUCUUUUUACAGUAAAAUUGUACAUAUUUUUCAGAUCAUUAAAUUUUUUAGAGCUUUGCUAA